CCGAACAUUGCAGUCCAUUGCUGGUAUCAAGAAUAUGAAAAGCUUGAAGAAGCUGGAAAUUGAAUUAAACGGAUUGCGUUCUAACCCAACAAUUUUCGAAGAAAAAUGCAACAAAUUUCCCGAACUGAAAGAAACACAUGCAUUUACGUCUGGGUUGAUAGCGACUAUGAUGAAUGUUAUCAAUCAUUUAAAUCCGAAAAUGCCAGCAAUUGUGGUGAAUGAAGUGGACCACGAAACUGUGCUUACGGCUUCGAAAGAUAUGGUUAUGGUACAAGCCAAAAAGGUAUGCGAUAAGAUAACUGACGAAUGCGUUAUCUUAGAUAGCUCUGGUUCGUUUUGCCAAAUCAUAUGUCCUGAUUGUGACUCGGCCACAAAAAUAUCAUCAUCCACCAACAAACGUACAGGAAAAAUCAGUUUUUCUGUUCAUAAUUUCUCACGGCACUACGAAACGCACACGGAACAAACCGCAAAGCAGGACAAAUCCGCUAGCCAAAUUGAUCUUGGUGAAUCUUCGAAGAAUUCACGAAUCCAAAUUCUUGAAAGAGACCUAGAGAAUCUUCGAGUUGACAAUGGUGAACACUUGACCACCAUUCAAUCGAAAGAUAAAUUGAUAACCGAACUCAACGGAAAAAUUUUCAAUUUAAUGGAACAAUUGAAGGAAUUUGCAAUCGAUGGUGAAAAUACAAAAAAUUGUAAGGUUUUGAUUGUUUCUUCGUGUUUCUUUGUCUUAUCGAAACUCUUUUACAGCACAAAUCGAAACGCUUAAAAGAGAUCUCAAGAAUAUUCGAAAUGACAACGAUAAACAUUUGAAAACGAUUCAAUCGAAAGAAGAGGAGAUUUCUGCUUUGUUGAACGAGCAAACGAGAUUGUAUGUUGAGCUAGACGAUUUACGCAGAAAAAUCAAGUCACAGAACAACAGAUUGGCUAAUGAACUCGAACUCACGAAAGCUCGCACUCAUGAAUCGCUGUUUGAAAUAAAUCUGUGCUGCUUUGAGAAAGUUACCGAACCAAGCCUCAAGUUCGGAACAAACAAUGUGACAUUCACAGAUUGCACCAAUCGACCUGUCAAACUUCAUUUCAAUCGAAUUUAUCAUGGAUCAUCAUCCGAUGAGAAAUUUGCGGAUAUCAAGAAAUUGCUGGAUAUUUUUCUUGAUGGCGGAACGUGCUGCGUUUUUAAUCAUGGUUUAACAAGAAGUGGCAAAACUUGCACGAUGUUUGGAUUUAAUGAUGCCAUGGGACUACUUGGCCGAUCGGGGGAAUACCUUCUACGAUCAACUGGUAUGAAUGUCUCGGCAUUCGAGUUUGGAAAGCAGUCGUUUGAUUUGAUCGACGAGA